AUGUCUUUCCUAAACAAUUUAGUUGAUUCCUUUCAAUCAGUUGUCGAGUCGGUUGUAGAACCAUCGCAGUCAUUUUCUUCAUCAACAGCCUCCGUUCCUAAUAUAACGCUCAAGAUAAAUGGUAGAAAUUUUCGACUAACGCGGUUGUUGGGUGAAGGAGGUUUUGCACUUGUGUAUCUAGCAGAAGAUGAUAAUAAAGACUUGUUUGCAGUGAAAGUUAUUCGUUGUAAAACAGGAAAUGAAGUUGUCGAAAAAGCAAAACGAGAAGCCAUCAUUACAGAUCGAUUUCAACAUGAGAAUAUCAUCAAAAUUGUGGAUAUGUGUCUAAUAAAAGAAGAAGAUGGGAGUAAGACGGUGUACAUUAUUAUGCCAUUUUAUAAGAGGGGAAAUCUGCAGGAUUUGAUGAAUUCAAAUAAUUGCCAAGGCAAACAUCUACCUGAAAGGCAUUUAUUGACCUUGUUUAGAGGAGUAUGUCAAGGUGUUUUAGCCUUGUCAAAUUACAAAACUAAAACAGGUCGCCACAUUCCAUGGGCACAUAGAGACAUAAAACCAGCGAAUGUACUCUUAUCCGACGAUUAUAAAGUACCUAUAUUGAUGGACUUUGGUUCAGCCUUACCUGCAAGGAUAGAAAUUCUGGACAGAAAGAUAGCUAUGGCAGAACAAGACAAUGCUGCAGAAAACUGUUCUAUGCCUUAUAGAGCUCCCGAGUUAUUCGAUGUAAAAGUAGGCACCACUUUGACAGAAAAAGUAGAUGUUUGGUCUCUAGGUUGUACAUUAUUUGCUAUGGCUUAUGGAGAAUCACCAUUCGAAAUGACGGUGAAUCAACAAGGAGGUGCAUUACCUCUUGCUGUGUUAAAUAGGCAGUUUUAUUUUCCUCAUCAAAGUCAUUAUUCAAGGCAAUUUCAAGACCUUAUUUCUUGGAUGCUGACAUCUGAUCCCAAAAGUAGACCCGAUAUAACCAAAGUUGUUGAAGUAUUGGAUGGCAUUCUGACAGAGUAG